UCUCUUAUCAUUAAUUAGACUAUCUCCACAGUCCACACACUCACACUCAUAAUACUAAAAAAAGAAGAAAAAAAAUCCGGCUAAUGGACAACAACAGUACCAAAAUCUUGUUCACUAUAAAUUCCUAACUAGCUAGAAAGAGGCUACUCUGCUUCUCUGGAAGUUCUUGUCUUAAAGAUGGAAACUGUCCUUAGAGGCUACCAUAAAUCAUUUCUACUUUUGGUUGUCAGUUAUUAUUCUCUAGUUCUUAAUCACAUAUGUGCAGAGCAAAUAAGCAGUGUGGGUGGAUGCGAUUUGUAUCAAGGGAGUUGGAUUUACGAUGAAUCAUAUCCUCUUUAUGAUUCCUCUAAAUGUCCAUUCAUCAAUGAAGGUUUCCAUUGUGUAGCUAAUGGUCGACCUGACAAAGAUUAUCUCAAGUAUAGAUGGAGCCCAAGCGGAUGCGAUGCACCUAGGUUUGAUGCCUUGGACUUCUUGAGGAGAUACACGGGUAAAAAGAUCAUGUUUGUUGGCGACUCGAUCAGUAAUAACCAGUGGCAGUCUUUGAUUUGUAUGAUUCAUGCAGCUGUCCCGAAUGCAAAAUACUCUGGGCACUUUGAGCGAAAUACGAUCUCCCGCAAUUUUACGGAGUACAACAUUUCUAUACUUUAUAAUAAAAAUGUGUACCUUGUUGAUUGGGUUGUUGAAAACUCGGAACGGGUUUUAAAGAUCGACACCAUUAGCACCGGUGAUAUAUGGAAAGAAGUCGAUGUUGUGAUUUUCAACACAUGGCAUUGGUGGUGGCACACAGGAAGAUUACAGCGUUGGGACAAAAUUCAGGAAGGAAACAAGUCAUACAAAGAUUUAGAUCGUUUGGUGGCUUUUACAAAAGGAUUAACUACAUGGUCAAAAUGGGUUGACGAGAACAUUGACCCCAAGAAAACUCAAGUUUUCUAUCAAGGAAUUUCUCCUGCUCAUCUCAAUGGCAACGAUUGGGGUUCUCCAAGAACGAGCUGCGUGAAUCAUACAUCACCCAUUAACGGAACAGUUUAUCCUGGAAAUACGAUUCCAGGAGCGGUUGUAGUUAAACAAGUUUUAAGUAAGAUGUCGGUUCCAGUUAAUUUGUUGGACAUCACAACUUUGUCACAAUUAAGAAUAGACGGGCAUCCAUCAUAUUAUGCCAAUAAAGAUGGGACGGCUCACGAUUGUGGCCACUGGUGCUUGGCUGGUGUACCAGAUACCUGGAAUAGUCUUUUUUAUGCAUCUAUUGUUUUGGCAGGAUGUGCAUAACCAUAAGCAUGUAAUGAUAUCUAUGUUUCUUGUGAUCCAUACUUCUCCCACGUCUUUGUUUAUCUAUCUUCCUUAUACCAAAAUUGAGCAUCCUGAUAUGUAAUAUUUCGUAUUUAUGUUCUAGCGAAUAAUAUAAGUAGUUCUCUAAAUCCAUUUGUUUUUUUUCCGGACUUCAUCCUAGAGGGAUCUAAACCUCUGAAGUACAAUACUAAUGGAAAGAAAAUGUGCAGAGUUUCAAUC